CGGGCAACUCCUUUUAGGAGAUGCAUCAGCGUGAUCAUGGAGUGCUGGUUUGUCUAAAACAUAGAAUAAAAAUGUGGUCAAAAUCUUAAAAGAAGUCACGAUAUGCCCAUGAGCAAAAACCAGCCAUGGAAAACCAGGUCACCAAAAAAAGUAAGGAAACACAAAAGGAUGUUGAAACCUCUAGCAGUCAUCACAGAACCAGUUCAUCAAAGACACAUUUUAAAGUUGUCCACUUCCUAAUGGAAGCUGCUGUGAAGUUGAGCUUGGAGUCUGUGACAGUCGCGUCUGCCUGCACCUUCUAUCAUCGGUUCUUCCAUGUUAGGAAAUUGAGUAAUUAUGACCCUUACCUAAUUGCAGCUACAUGCAUCUACCUGGCAACAAAGGUAGAAGAACAGCCAAUCAGGAUGAGAGAUAUAAUUAACGUUUGUCACAGGAUCUGCCACAAGAACGCCCCAAAGCUGGAGAUAGGACCAGAAUACUGGGAACUACGCGAGAGCAUGGUUAACUGUGAACUACUGAUAGUCCGAGUGUUUCAGUUUAAACUCAAUGCGGACUUACCUCACAAGUAUCUGUUGCAUUAUUUAAAGUCAUUACGUGACUGGAUGGACACUGAUGUGUGGCUGACCACUCCGAUUGCCAGGACAUCGAUGGCAAUUCUUUGUGACAGUUUCCACACAGAUUUAUGCCUACGAAUGAAGCCACAACACCUGGCGGUAGCUUCUAUCUACUUUACUCUUCAGUGUUAUGGUGUAGAGGUUCCUUGUAAUUUACAAGCUGAAAAACAAUGGUGGCAGGUCUUCUGUGAUGAUGUCAGUGAAGAAUCAAUCCAGAACAUCAUACUGGAGUUAAUUGAUGUCUACCAACAGGAAGUGCAGGUGUGAAGCAAUUACAAGGAGCCUCAACUUGAGCAAUAUAUGGUGUAUGCCAGGCCAGUAAAAUAUACUUUAUGGGAGAACCUCCAAGUAUAUUUAUAUGCAAUAUAUGAUGAAGACCAGGCUAAUGAAAAUGCAGACCACCAGGCCAAUAAGACUGAACUGAAACUACACUCCACAAGUGUCAUUUAGACUUAUAGGGCUUCAAGGAUCCUAAAUGAUUGAUUUUGAUGGACUUUAUCAACCUACAAUAUAGUUAGUGGAUGGAAGGCAAUUCACAAAAGACCUCAAUUCACAAGUAUUGAACAUUUUCCGCCAGUAUUUGGUUCACUGGUUGGUGAACACAAGCUAAUAGAUGCAGGUACUUGAUCAGAUGGACGUUGAGCUCGUUCUUUUUGGGUUGUAAAAUUAACUUUUACAUCUACGGCCAUGGGUUCGAAAGAUAUUCCUCCUUCUUUUAUUUCCCAGAUUGCAUGUAAAAUAAGAGUCUGUGAAUGAAUGUAUUUGUUAGUAAAUGUACGUUGUUCAUUUUCCUGUUAA